AUGGCUCAAUCCGUGGCUCUUCCCAAGCAGCAUCACGACGUUGAUGAUGCCAAAAUCGUCAAUGAAGAGAUUGAGCAGCAGCUCGCGACCAAGGAAAAUGUUCCUGCCGGUCUUGUGGAUGACAUGACUCCAGAGGAGGCACUUCUCAGCCGUCGUAUCAACCGCAAGAUGGAUCUUGCGAUGCUGCCCAUGCUCUCUCUGCUUUACCUCUUCAACGGGCUCGACAAAGGCAACAUUGGCAAUGCAGAGACCCAAGGUUUCACUAAAGAUAUUGGAGCUGCACCAUCUGACCUCAACCUCGCCGUGUCUCUUUUCUUCAUCACCUUUGUGUUAUUCCAGCCCCCGUCUGCUGCACUCGGUCGCAUCGUCGGGCCAAAACAUUGGAUUCCCUUCAUGACGUUUUCCUGGGGCGCCGUCACCAUUGGGCAAGCCUUCAUCAAGGGUCGUGGCGCACUCAUCGCGAUUCGGCUCGUAAUCGGAGUCUUCGAGGCUGGCUUUUAUCCCACAUGCGUGUCGUACCUCUCCUUCUUCUAUACCAGGUUCGACCUUGCCAUCCGGAUAGCCAUCUUUUAUGGGCAAUAUGCGAUCGCAGGUGCAUUUGCCGGUGCUAUUUCCUUUGGCAUUUUUCACCUCAAGUCCGGUUCCCUCCACAACUGGCAGUACCUAUUCAUCAUCGAGGGCGUCUUGACCUGCGCCGUCGCUAUAAUAGCCUGGUUUAUGCUCCCCGCCGGUCCAGGAUCCGCGUGGUUUCUUACUGCCGAGGAGCGUAAGUUUGCUACCGAGCGUAUGCAGCGAGACACAGCCCUGUACAUCCGCCACGAAUACGGCGAGGACGGUCUUGAGGAGGACCGACUCACAAGGCGAGACAUCGUCGAGGCUCUUAAGGACUGGAAGCUGUGGUUCGUCCUCGUCUUCAACAUCUGCGCCAGUGUGCCCACACAAGCCUUCAGCGUGUUUAUGCCCUUGGUUGUGCAGGGCUUGGGGUACUCGAGCAUCGAGGCCAACCUGAUGACGAUUCCCCCAUACGUUUGCGGCGCUGUUGGGCUGUUCCUUUUUGCCUGGAGUUCUGACAAAAGGAUGGAGCGAGGCUACCAUAUCAUCGCCGGUAUCGGCAUUGGAGUUAUCGGCCUCAUCAUUGCGGCGACGGUCAACGCGAAUGGUGCCAAAUAUGCAGGUUUAUGCAUCUUGCUCUUCGGUUGCUACGUCUCUGCGCCUCUGACGGUCGCAUGGCUCAGUGGGAACACACCAGAGCCUGGAAAGAGGACCAUCAUUCUGGGCAUCAACGGAUUUGGUAACCUUGCCGGCGUUAUAGGCUCCCAGGUGUACGACGCAAAGUACGGGCCUUCGUACCGAGUCUCGUUCUUCAUCACUCUGGGCAUCGCCAUCGUCUCGCUUCUGGGAUAUAUCAGCUACCGCUUCACGCUCGCUGCCGUUAACCGCCGCAAGAGGAGAAUCUUGUCGCAAAUGACGCCCGAAGAGAUUACCAGCGAGCGGAUUGAUAGCACGAGAUACGCCGAUCGCAAGAGAACAUUCAUUUAUGGGCUGUAG